CACAUGAAUAAAAGGCUGCUGGACCCAGCCAACACCAUGCAGUUUGAUGACUUUAAGAAGUGUUACGGGGAGAUCCUCCAUCGAUGGGGUCUGAAGGACAAGAGAGCCGAGGUCCUCAAGUUUACAUCCUGUCCUCCUGAACCGCACAAAGGCAUCGAGUUUGGUGUGUACUGCUGCCAUUGUCGUAGCCAGGUGCGGGGGACUCAGUGUGCUGUGUGUAAGCGCUUCACCUUCCAGUGUGCCAUCUGUCACGUGGCUGUCCGAGGCUCCUCUAACUUCUGUCUGAGUUGUGGUCACGGGGGCACACCUCCCACAUGAUGGAGUGGUUCAGAA